GAUGGUUUCUGUGGGAGGUGAACACCUUGCCAUUCAAGUUCGUCGGAGUCUUGGCCCAUGCUUUCAGCAGACUUCAGCACACUCUGCUCGUGGGGAAGCAAAGAUGCCAAGAAGACCCAGUUCUUCCCCACUCUUCCCCACAGCGGGGCGGGGGCCGUGGACGUGGCGAGUGUGGCCUUCUUGAUGCCAGAGGGACGCUAUAAAGGAAGGCCCGCAGACUUCACGGACGGAAGGAAGGAUACUACACCACAUACAUACAAUCCACACUCAAGCACCCAACGGGGAAACAGCCAGCCAUGACCCAAGACGCCGCCUUCUUCUCGGCCGUCCUCACCAAGCCUCUCAGCGCAAUCCCCUACACAGCCCACACCCUUCUCACGCAACUCACCGGCGGCAAGCGGCACAUCAUCCAAGGCGCCGACAAGCUCUUUGACAUCCAACUAUUUGCGUCCCUCAACCGCUGCACUCUCACCCCGCACCCCAACAUCCACAACCAAUCCUCCUUCUCAUGGGAGCCGCGCACCACCGACGAUUCCGACGUGCGCGCCCUCCGCGCACGCGCGUUUGGCCAUGGCGGGAUCGACUCCAUCGAUGUAGCCACGGGCAAUGCGGCCGAAACGCUCAAGGAGACCAUCCUUGCGGGGUGGUACGAUGUGCAGUGGGAGGGGAAUGAGGUGGAGGUGGUGGUGAUGCGGGUGCCGAAGGAAUAUUGCGAGAUGCUGAUAUAUUUUGUGGCGGCGGAGACAAAGAAGAUUGGGGAGCGGUUUGUGGUUGCAGUCGAGAGCGCGGCGGCGGAGUUGGGGGAGCGGGUGUGGGUAUUUGAGAAGGGGUUUUGGGAGGCUAGUUCUGCACUGUACAAGGCUGUCAAGGGCGUUACUUUCGAUACCCUCAUUUCGACUGAGAACAAAGCUAGAGCCAUCAAAGAGGAUCUUGAACGAUUCUUUGACUCGCGGGAGCUAUAUCUCGAAUACGGGCUGCCCUGGAAACGCGGCUUCCUUCUCUCUGGGCCACCUGGCAAUGGAAAAACCCACAUCAUCAAAUCCCUCAUCAACCACUUCACCUCGACGCACCCCACCAUCUCCAUUCUCUACGUCAAAUCCUUCAAAGCCGAGCGCCUCCCAGACGAAUACGCCAUCUCCGCCGUCUUCAAGCGCGCCCGCAGCAACCCGUGCCUGCUCAUCCUCGAAGACCUCGACACCCUCAUCACCGACGCCAACCGCGCGUUCUUCCUGAACGAGAUGGAUGGCUUGAACACUAAUGCGGGCGUGGUUGUGCUCGCUACUACGAAUUACCCGGAACGUCUGGACCCGGCGAUUAGGGACCGCCCGAGUCGGUUUGACCGGAGGUAUGAGUUUGGGCUGCCCACCGCGGGAGAGAGGGAGAUGUAUGUGCAAAUGUGGGGACGGACAAAGGCAAAGAAGGGCGUCUGUAUCACCGAUGAACUGGCGAGGGAGAUUGCGGCGGACGACGUCACGGGUGGGUUUUCGUUUGCGUACUUGAAGGAGUUGUUGGUGUCGUCUGUUAUGCGCUGGGUGCAGGGACAGGUUCAGGACGGUGGUCAUGGUGGGAAGGACUUUGGGACUGUUUUGAGGGAUGAGGCAGCGGUUCUGAAGACGUAUAUUAGGGAGAUGCAGGCUAAGAAGGAGACGGGGAAGGGUGAGAAGGAGGAUGGGAAAGUGAAUGGGGUAGUGCAUAAGUAGAACUUUGCGAUUAUAUGUAGGUAUGUAUGCAACGUUGGUUGUCCUUUGAUCAUCAGUAUACUAUAUUCAGCGUAAGAAUGAGCAGCAAGUUAUCCUUGUGCGGCAGAGCGACCGGAGUUUUGGCAGCGGCAUUUGCGGCGGCAGGAGCUUGGAUCACAACUCCUCCCAUGAUGCAAUUGUCUGGCGAGGCUGUCCACAAGCUCGUCCACAUUGAAAUAGACUUGACCCUCUUGCUUGAGCGGCAAAAGAUUCGUCAAAAUAGAAGGGAUAUGAUGAUCCUAAAAUGCCGUCCGAUCUUGUUUUCUGAGAAUGUGCCCCAUUUGGUCGAGGUCAAAGAUGAUCUGGUUCAGGCGAACUUCCCC